GCCGAAGACCCCAGCGAUGGUCAGUAUUACUGAUCAACAGGGCCGUCGAGCCGAGCUCCCGGUGACUGGCGACAUGGCUACAAAGAUCAACCAGGUUGUGGAGGAACUGUUCCAGAUUUGUGAUACCCCCAAGAGAGCCAGGCUGUCCUGGAUGAAAGACUACUUCCUAACUACGCAAGCUGACAAUACCACACUCAGGGCCCUGACCCAGGAAGUAGUGAAAAAGAGGUUCGAGAGCCGGAAAAAGUCCUCGAGGAAGCAUUUUGGUGAGGCCCGGGUACUGACUGUGGAAGACAUCCGGGCUCGCAUAAGUGAAAGGGAGGCUAAGGAAGCCGUGGAAGCCAGGGAAAAGGAACGUCGUAUAGCAUUAAGAGGGGUAGUGGGCUUUGCGAAGGGUGUUUGGAAGGACUACAAAAUGGGCCCAGAUGUGUUCAACUUCAAUUUUGACCCAGCUGUGAUCAUGUUGGUGAUGCCGAAAUUGCCUGGCCCGGAUCCGUGCACGGCCCGGAUCUAUCCUAGCCCGGAGAGUGAGUUUCGGGCGGCUCCGUUUGACUCGUUGUGCUGUAGCUGGCUGGUACCUCCACGACCGUCGUUGGAGGAGGAGCGGUGA